GUCAGGAAAGCUGUUUGAUCAAUCAGGAGAUGAAUUGAUUGAUCCAUUAUUGAACAUCUUCAUCAUCAUCAAGUGUAUAAUCUAAGUCCGUGUUGGAGUUAAUCUGAGCAUUUCCAUAGAGAGUGAGUUUGCAUGAGCAGCAGCAUGCUCCAGUGCUCUGGGAGACUUUAUAGUCCUGAGAGUUGAAGACUGGAUGACUGACAGCUGUCCUUCAUCACAACAGAAGACACAGAAAUCCUCCUCCUCCUCCUCCUGAUCAGAAACAUGACUGUGAUCUGCGUCCUCAUCUGGACUCUCCUCUGCUGCUGCUUCACAGGUAAAGUCCAGAGAAUCCAACUCCUCUCCUCCAUGAACAUCCGUGCGUCUGAAAUGAAGCCCACAAAACCAUGACGAUGCUUUCUGUGUUUGUCUCUGUAUCCUCAGAGUCCAGAGGACAGUACACAGUGACUCAGCCUGCAGCAGUGAGCUCUGCGCCGGGGGAACCGUCACCAUCCCAUGUGGUGUCAAUCAGAAUGUGUAUAGCAACUGGUUAGCCUGGUACCAACAGAAGGAUGGAGAAUCUCCUAAACUGCUCAUUUGGUAUAUAAAUCAGCUGUUAUCAGGGAUAUCAAGUCGUUUUUCGGGCAGUGGAUCUGGAUCUAGUUUCACUCUGACCAUCAGUGGAGUCCAGACUGAAGAUGCAGCAGUUUACUACUGUAAGAGUGGUCACUACCCCAACAAUCAGUUUGUGUUCACACAGUGAAAAAGCGUCGUACAAAAACCUCCCUCUGUCAGACUGAACUGAAACUGAACUGACGGCUGCAGCUGGAGGUUCACACACACACACACACACAUAAAAAGGAAUAAUAAUCUCACUUUUUUAUCGUAGAUGUUAACAUAUUAAUUAGAUGUUUAGUUUAGUCUAGUCAACAAUCUGCUUUUUUACAGAUGAGAGUGUUUUAUACACCUCAAUAUCCUGAUACCCUGAUCAAAAAGCUGAUCAAAGCUCCACUUUUUGAGAGAAUAAGAAUCUGAUUUUUUUCAGGCCUCAUGGGGACAUAAUAUUAAUAAACAACAUCAAGUUCUUCUCGGUUUGAACUUGGAGCAAAAAUCUACUCCAGAAUAUAUUAUUAUUUUAUUAUACUAUAUAUUUAUAUUUAUUUCUAACUCAUUUGGAAGAAGGCUGCAUGAUAUAUCGUUUGAGCAUCGUCAUCGCGAUGUAUGUGUUCGUGAUAGUGACAUUACAGAGCCUUCCGAGGGUAGAUGACUGAGAUACACUACAUGUGACUCUGCAUGUGCUGUGCAGCGAUCCACCAAUCACUUUCGUUCUUUACUCAGUUGCCAAUCAGACUACACUACCAGCCAUCAAUCAAAAUCAGAGAGGAGGAAACCAGAGCUAUGGAUUAAAACAGAGUGGCGACACUCCCAUAGGCAUACGUUGUACAGCCCGGCGGACCCCACUUCCGGGUUAUGGAACUCUUAUUAGUUCCAACAUGACCGCCUGUCACAUCGGACGCCGUUCGCUUCUGUGGCCACAAGACAGACACUCACUGAGGUAAAAUGUCAAUUCAGUCUUUAUCAGAACCCAAUGUUAUGUGGAAUUUAUUCUUUUUAGACUCACAUAAGUGCUAUGUAAUUUGAUUUCUGCUUAUGUAUACCAUGGGAUGAUAGAGUAAAAGGACUACUACUUUUUAAAUUCUGUCAGCAUUUAAGGCGUAAGUUUAACAUGGAGAAAUGUUAUGCAGGCCAUGCUGCAAGACCAAAACAUUGCACAAUUGUUCAAACAGCUUGUAACACCUGUUACUUACCACUUUAUUGUAUUAUUUAUUGUAUUAUUUUUCUCUUGUGAAAAAGUAACAACUGUAACAUCCUUUAAUUAAAUCUAAUCUAUUUGAACUUUGAACAGGCAAAAGAGGAGGUCAUUGAAAACUGCUCCGUUGGAUUCGGCUGCUUGCGGUUGCUGCUGCCGCUUGCACCUGGCUGUGGCACAGGACUACUGGGGUCUGCUGAUGGUGGAUGAGAUCAGGCUAAAUCCACCUUCUCCUUGACCUGCAAAUUGAAAUGUAAAUUAUUAUCCUACUCCCUUAACACAAACUGACAUGAGGUUGACAUUUUUAGGUUGUUCUCUAGGUUCACCUCCUCCUGCUGCUGCCUCUGACAGCUGCAGCUGGUGUUGGCUAGGGGUGGACACCGUUGGCUGGUGGCUGGUGGCUGCUGCCAGUGGCUGGUCGCAGCUGCUGCAGCGAGGGACUACUGGAGUCUGCUUGUGGUGGAGAAGGGAUGGAAAGCCUGAAUACGUCCAUGGCAACCAGUAAGGAGCUUGGCAGUGGCCUAGAUGACGUUGCCAUUGUUGCAGUAGAUGUAGCUGUUUUUUUUUCCCCCUUUUGCUUUGGCUCUUGCUGCUAAAGCACCCUUUCUGUGUGUCUUUCUUUUUUGCAGCGGAGAUGAACUUAGAGGCAAUUCUCAACCUCUGGCAUUCCUCACAAAGUGAGCAGCUGAUGACCCUCUUCACAAUGUAUCCUGCCAGGUGGUAGAGGACACAGGACUCUGUUUUUGUGAAGUCAGGUGGUGAUGCUGGGUCAUCCAGCUGCUCAAGACGCACCACUGGAGGAGGACUGCAGCUGCUUCUUUUUGAAUCCAGGAAGUCUGCCAAAUGGUCAGGGGCCUCAUUUAUAAAGCUUGCUUACGCACAAAACCUGGCUAGAAAGUGCUUACGCCACUUCUUACGCAAGAGUUGGGAUUUAUAAAAGAAAAACUAGUGUAGGAAUGUGCGCAACUUUAAGCAAACUCCACACCUUGCUUACGCACUUUUUGGAGACAAUCGGAGCAAGGUGAGAACAGUCCGGGUGAUGCGUUCAGCACAACGGAUGACUCGAUGCAGCCUUUCUGUCCUGAGAGCUGCAGCUGCUGUAACAGGCAGUGAUGCUCGCAGAAAGCACAGACCCCACUGUGGCGGUGUAGAUAGUUUGCCAAUUUGAAUUUACAAAUGUGCAAAAAAACAAAUUCUAUUUACAUGCAUUUGUUUUAAGAUUAAUGACUAAAUCUUUUUGGUUUACGAACUUUCACCACAUAAGCAGCGGUGGAUAAUGGAGCAGUUUCAGAUGAGUGUCACACGUGCUUGUUUUUUCUGAUCCUCACCUGUCGCCGCCACGCUCCGACGGUGCAAAGCCACUUUGCCUCCACCUUUAGAUCAGACCACUUCUUCUUGAUGUUGGCACAGUGUUGUUUUCGUCAACAUCAUCGUCAACGAAAACAAAACUCCACAUGUGUGCGCGCGCGCGUGUGUGUGUUUGUGUGUUGGAGGAGCACAGCAGGCUGAUGAGAGCUGUCAGAGCGGACUGAAGCUGCUCCUAUAUGUUUAGUGUUGAACUGACUGAGUUUUGCAACUCUGUUCGUCAUUUUCGUCUCGUCCCAUCAACGUAAAUGUACUUUCGUCUCGUCACAUUUUAGUCAUCUCUGACUUAUGUUUAGCUCGUCAAAGUUACGUCUUCGUCGUGGGAGAAAAGGGAAAUAUUUUCGUCAACGAAAACAACCAGUGUUGUUCUCGUUGACGAAAAUAUUUCCCUUUUUUGAUGCUGGCGUUGACGAAAAUAUUUGACGAAAUAUGACGAAAACAACACUGUUUCGGCAACGCUGCGCUCAGUGCCAGCCGCAAUUACCGCCACAGCAACUGUAUUUUUAUUGGUGAUGCCACUCAAAUGGCCGCCGAAUAAGGUCUCCCGUCUCGCCGCCACCUCAAUUACAAGAACCUCCACCUCGAUCUCUGAAAAGUUUCUUUUUCUACGACUUGCUGAUGCCAUGGUUAAGCGUGAAAUGCCGUGGAUCCAUCAGGCUUAUUUAUAUGCAAAUCACAUUCAUGAGGUAAUUUGCAUGACCAUACAUGGUGAAUUUUGGGUGUGGAGAGGGCGGGGCAUGAAUCAAAUCCCUGCUGCGCAACUUUCCGGCUGGUCUGUGAUUUAUAAAGGGAAAGUGCGUGCAGGUGUGCGUAGGCAGGGUUUUAUAAAUCAGAUUUUUUUUUUGCCUACGCACUUUUCAGCUUUUCAACUUACGUACACUUUUAGUAUGGAUCCUACGCCAGGUUUUAUAAAUGAGGCCCCAGAUCCGUCAUCAAAGUAAUUGCCGGUAGGUAUUGUGGUGAGGAACUGUCCAACAGUGACAGCUCGCAGUGUGUAGUGGAACUCUGCUGGUGUUGGGACAGGGUUCCUCUGACGAAUGCAAGAAAAGGUGUUCUCCAGGCAGUCCUGUGUAAAUCGACUUGUGAGAACAAAUUUGUGCCCUUUGCUCAACAGGUCUUGCUGGACUUCCAGGAUCACUCUGGUGGCCAUCACAAGUCCUGUCUGGACUGGUUUCCAGCGGCCCAGGUGACCGAUCUUCAGGCCCCGAAACAGGUGGAUGCUGUCAUGGAGAAAGUGGAUGGCUUUCUCAUACUCCUCCAUUUUGAACAGGCUGAGAGCAAUAACAACAUUCUGGGAAGACAUGAGGUCAUACCAGUGGUCCACCUUCUCCAAAAACCAUGAUGUCACAAGGUAGGAUUGUGGUCGCUGCUCCUCCUCCACAAGGUACCUCAGGGCAGCACUCGUUGCCUUGCUGAAAAUAUGCAUCGCAGAACUAACCUUCAUUUUUUCAAAAUGGUUAGGCUCAAGGAUGGCACGGGACAGUUUUGGUGCCAGUUUAAGUUCCAUGCUCUCCUGGAAGGAAACAAGAUCCUUUAGGGGAUCAACAGAUACGACACUGGACACCAGCUGCUCUUUGUGCACCACAUCUUGUGGAAUGGUGAUGGUUUGACCCCGGAUGAGGGCACUUCUCAAAUUCUUGACAAGAUGUGGAACAUCAGCCAUGAAAAAGAGCCGCCUGUGUUGCUCAACAGGAUGGGGUAUCCAUGGCUUAUCCUGGGUCACCCCAAAUGACUUCCACAUUGCCUGAUUGGGACUCCCCAUGUCACUGGUGAUAUUUAUGACAUGAAGCCCCACAGAUGCUGCAGCUUCUACAAUGGAAAUGAUCAUCACUGAUGAGCCGUCUGUAGAAUUACCGCUGUAGUGGUAAGCAACAAUUUGCUUCCAGCGUGUUGUUACACCAGCGAGCAUAAACACACAGGCAUGCGUUGCUUGCCCUGUGUGACCAGGAAGUGUUACGUUGCCAAACAGUCUCCCCGUUCCCAUAUGCAGCUCCACACCUGGAGUGAUGGCCAUCUCGUCCAUUGUGAGUACACAUUCCCUUUCCAUGUUGUUCAUUCCCUCUGCCUUCAGCUUUAACAUUUUGAACACCUCCAUCAACACUCCAGGCUCCAUCUUAACAUGCUGCAUCCUCCGUUGUGUAGUCCUAAUGUCAGGUAGUGGGAUUUUCAUUUUUUGUAAUGUUUUGUAGCCUGUUGUGCCAGCAGUAAAUCGAAUUUGUAUGGCUUUUUUCAGGGUCUGAUUGCUCCAGCGUAUCCCUCUCGUCUUCUCUCUUCCUAAUGACUGAAUUUGGUCUGUGUUAAAAAUUUACUUGAACUUUUUUUGAAUUAAACUGUUCUUCUUUCUUAAACCCAAAUUUAUUUUCUUUUGUUGUUUAAGAGCCCUCUCUGCUCUCUUUCUUUGGAGUGUCUCAAUCCUCAAUUGCUCUCUUAGGUCAUCAACAGUUGCCCUGUCAUCACUGGUCCCUGGAUCGCUUGCCCCUGUCACAGUGGCUUCUUCACUCGCUGCCCCUGACUGACUGUCCUUUGGAGCUUCGAGGACCUCACCAACGUCUACCUGUGGGCUGCCUACUCCUAUUUGCUCCGCUUCAAUUUCUGCCUCAUUUUCUGCAAUAAUGACAUGGUAUUGUUUCAGUUACUAUGCAUUUGCUUCCUUUACAUCACCACCUUCUUUCAUGUCCUGUUUCAAGGGAUAGUUCGCCCUGAUUUGACUAGUGUUGUUUGUUUUCAAAAGUCAGUGUGGUUUAUCAGCUGCUACUCAACCCCCCCAGGAGUCCCAUAAGUGUGGUCCUGAACAGGUUUUGAUGCUACAGAAAGUAGUUCCAUGUAGUUGAAACUGAGAACUAAAGAACUGCGCUCACAGGACUCUGUGGGCAGUGAGUCGCAGCUGUUGAACCACACUGACUGUGGGAAACAAACACAACCCUUGUCAAAUCAAGGCCAACUAUUCCUUAAAUCCAAGUUUUUCAUUACAAAUAGAUCAAGAUGCCUGUAGAGACAACUGUGUAUCAUACCAAAAUCAUUUCUUGUACAGUAGUUGUGGUCAUCGCUUGGCAGGUGAACCUCUGUUGAGGACGUGUGCCGUUCGGGAGCUCUCCUUCUCUUUGGCCUUUGACGAUGGCAAAAUAAGGUGGGUAUGGCAUCAGGUCUUAACCUGAGGUGUCCUUUUUUUGUACAAAUAAAUUGACUGUCCUCAAAAUGCACCUGCAGAGAGACUUUUAAAAUCAGUGUGAAAUGUAUACGCAAGAUAGAAUUGAAAUGUUGUUCUGUCUGCUCUAAUAAAAUGACCAUAGAAAUUUAAACUGUUGUACAUCACAUUUAUAAACAUUUACCUGACAAAUCUUUCUACUGUUGCAGUUGCCAGCCUUGACAUCAAAAUUUUGUCUGCUGACCAUCGCCAGCCAUCUCUUCUGCCUCUCCCUUUCUUUAGGGAAACCAUACAUUCGAUGGCCCCACUCUGAGCCGUUGGUGCACCCAAAUGCUGCACAGCCAACAUCACUGGUCUCUACACUGUACAAUGGUAAACGUAAAGAUAAUUAGCUGUCAAGCCUCAAAUGUUGUGUAAAAGUGGACAAUAUGUCCCUUAACAGUCAUCCCUGAGACUUCCAUUAUAAAUCAGAGCUGAAAAGAUGACUACUUUCAUAACAAUGCUGGACAUUCUGAAGAGCUUCUCUAUUAUUCACUGCUGCUGUAGUGUAGAAAUGUGGGAAAAUGUGGCCCAGUGCUUCAACUGAUUUUCAAGUGACCAAAUGUGUGUUUGAAAGUGGUAAUAGCUGCCUGUAUUUGACAUUCUAUUAAAUGUGUUUAUAUGUAAUGUUUUGUAUGCAUCUGUGAUUGUCCAGUAGCAUUGGUGGUAACAGCCCACUCUCACCUGUAUUGACAUUAAAUCAUACAUUAUACAUGCAUACACGUUAUUGAUGACAAAUACGUCUGGGGCCUGUUGCAUAAAAGUAGGAUAAGGGAUUAAGCCGGGAUAUGUUGGUUAUCCUGGAUCAAUUUAUCCAUGAUCCAGUUGCAUAAAAGUAGGAUAGGGGAAAGUGGGAUAUGUUAUGACAUAAGUUACCAUGGAGACUUAUUCUGUGGAGCUAGCCUGCUAGUUCCAGGAUCUGUUAAAUCUUAUCCCUUAUCUCAGUCAGCAGUCACCACAAAUGGACACUAAUAUUCAUGCCACUGCCCACUACACAUUGUUAUCACAUUUAACUACACCCGCUGUCAUUAUUUAAACAUUUGGGAUCAUUAAUUGCAAUCAUUUUAGAUAAAUGAUUUUGCUAUUAUUAAAUCUAUGUAUACAAAUAAAAUACACAAAGAGUAACAUGAUGUUCCUUUAUUGAAUAAGGAUGAAUCAAAGCAAGUAAACCAUCAGCACUUUUCAUCAUUGCAUUUCAGAUACAUUAUGUGCAUUUCUUCUAGUCUUAAUAAUACAGUUGAUCAUUAGUGUUUGACUUCCAACCAAUCAUAGCACUUAGGUAGGAUGGCAGAUGGCAAUUCCACAGUCUGAUUUAAUGGCAAGUCUCAUAUCUAUGGUAGCCCUAACUGUGCAUACAUUAAACAAGCAGACAUGACUUUUCAGAAUGACUUUUCAUCAUUGCAUUUCAGGUACAUUAUGUGCAUUUCUUCUAGUCUGCAGUCAUUUUCACUUGCAAUUUCAACUGUUUCAUAAUCAGAGUAGAUUACAACUAUGUUUUUGGAGAUGUUAAUUAACUAUUUGGAUUGCAAUUGUGAUGUUUCAGAGGAAUAGUGAGUGUGUAUUUGUGCAAUACUUACGCAUUCAGACGGUUUGCAAUUUUCGCUGUUUUAUGGCAGUGGCGGUGUUUCUUUUUUUUUUUUUAUUUGAUCUUUUACCUCUUCAUACACUUCCAUAAAUAUAUCCUGCUCCGACAGGGAGAAGUAUGCGUCUCUGGUUGUCAUGGUGAAUAGGUGAAUCUGAUCGAUCGCGGAUGAAUUGAUGAAUCCGUUUCUUCUCAUCCUGGAUUAGCGUUUAUGCGACCGAAUAAGCCCGGACGCUCUUGUUUUGGAUUCGUUGAGCACAGCUCAGUCACUUAUCCUGGAUAUCUUAAUCCUAUUUUUAUGCAACAGGCCUCUGGUUUUACAAUAUUAGUUUAUUUUGAGCCGUCUCAUAUAUUUUCUGAUUGAUUUUUUUCUUGUUUUCACACACACAUACACACACACAUGAGGUUGUGACAUUCAUUUAAAUUGCCCACAUAAAAUCUCUGAAUGAAACCAUCAUAUAUCAUCAUUGUCCAAUGUCAGAGAGUGUUCAAGAAUAGCCUUAUGUUGCUAAAUAAGAGAUUGCUUUGCAUUAGGUUACGAUUUAGUUCCUUAUUCUCCAGUUAGUGAAGCUAGCAAAGUUUCCCUCCAAAAACACACCCAGACAAACUUGUCUUAUUUCACUUUGAUUAUUUAUUUAUUUAUCUUAUUUCACUUUUGUCAUCCAGCCACUAAAUAUAUGUACGUGACUUUGACGUGUACACAGUAAUCCAAUAAGUGUUGAAAAUGUUGAAUUUUUACGGCUAUUUUUAAUAUUUACCUCUCAAAUGCGCGCUCACUGCAGUCUGUCCCGUUGAAGAGCAUGGACAGUGCAGGCUACGCUUGGAACUAUUGAGGGGAACAUGAAUCACGUGACCGCUCCGGCGGCGAGAUCUGAAGUUGUCGCCACUCUGUUUUAAUCCAUUGCUCUGGAGGAAACCACGCCCAUGCACAUGUCCUGCACAUGGAGCUAGUCGCUGAAGCUAGCGUAGAUUUGCCGACAAACGCAUGUCCGUUCAGAAUUUCUUUGGGAACAUUCCUCAUCACUGUUUAGCCCCACAAAUAAGAACUGUAUGGGUUUUAAAUUGUACAUUUCCGUGGACCACUCUACUAUAAGCAGUGGGCGUUUCUGCAAGCUGCCUACAAUCCUCGGCGGGCAAGGAAACAACAUCAACGAUUGUAAAAUGAGAAACAAACAAGGGAAAACCGCCGAAGAUGAAUAUUUGUUGACAAAAAGAACAUGAACGUCACUUACCAUUGAAGAUGAAUACUUGUUGAUAAAAAGAGAAGCAACGUCACUUGCCCUUGAAGAUCAAUACUUGUUGGAAAAAAAGAACAGCAACGUCACUUACCUGUAAUUAUUUCGGUUACAGAAAGGCUGACGUCACCAAACACCUGUUCUGUGUCAGCAGUGCCUUUCAUCAGUUGCCACAAUAAUGUCCCAGCACAAUAAAAGCUAAAAAGAUCUCUGAGACAGACAGAAGCCAUUCUACUAACAUUCACAAAAAGAGGUAAGAUCAGUGCAGGGUAAUUGUCCUCAAGAUUUCAGCAUAAAGUGAUAUUCAGGUCAUCUGGUGAAAAUGUCUCUAUUUUUUUAAUAUUGCAAUCUAUAUCGCAGGAUUGAAAAAAUUGCAAUGUUUGUGUUUUCUAAAAUUGUGCAGCCUUAAUUUAGAAAACAUAAUGCUGAUGACUGUCCCCGAAUCCAGGCUGAGGACCAGGGGGGCCCAGGCUUUUCUAUCAGGGCCCCCACUCUCUAGAACAAACUACCUGAGGAAAUCAGACUGCAGGGUUCCUUAUCUUCAUUUAAAACUCAUGUUGAUAAGUGUGUCUUUACUAAACAUGACUUUUAACUCUCGACAGUUUUAUUGUAUUUUAUAAACCUCUCACUGGUUCUUCUUUAUUAGGAUGUCAACAGGAGACACAAACAGAAGAGACUUAGAGAGUCAGAUGACAAGUGAGAAAACCUGAAACAAUCCUGAAAAGUGAGGUUGGUGCUGCUGGACUAAAGUUUGUGUCAGGUGAGUUCAUCUGUGUCCUGUAACAGAGACUGAAGCACAUCUGCUGGUCUUUAUCAGAGAAGAUGAAACUGGUCUCAAACAUUUUCUCUCAUAGCUGAGUUACCGUGGAAACAGACCAGCAUCACUGCUCAGGUAUGACUGCAGACAAGUUUCAGUUCUACAAAUUUCCACAGAGAGUGAGUUUGCAUGAGCAGCAGCAUGCUCCAGUGCUCUGGGAGACUUUAUAGUCCUGAGAGUUGAAGACUGGAUGACUGACAGCUGUCCUUCAUCACAACAGAAGACACAGAAAUCCUCCUCCUCCUCCUCCUGAUCAGAAACAUGACUGUGAUCUGCGUCCUCAUCUGGACUCUCCUCUGCUGCUGCUUCACAGGUAAAGUCCAGAGAAUCCAACUCCUCUCCUCUAUGAACAUCCGUCCCUCUGAAAUGAAGCCCACAAAACCAUGACGCUGCUUUCUGUGUUUGUCUCUGUAUCCUCAGAGUCCAGAGGAAAGAUCACAGUGACUCAGCCUGCAGCUGUUAGCUCUGCUCUGGGAGGAACUGUCACCAUCCCAUGUAGAGUUAGUCAGGAUGUUUACUUCACAGGCCAACAUCAUGAGUUUGCUUGGUACCAACAGAAGGAUGGAGAAACUCCCAAAAUGCUUUUUUACUAUGCAACAACUCGAGUUACAGGGAUAUCAAGUCGUUUUACAGGCACUGGAUCACACUCUAACUUUGCUCUGACCAUCAGUGAAGUCCAGACUGAAGAUGCAGCAGUUUAUCACUGUCAGAAUCAAAACUUCAUAAACAAUCAGUUCAUGCCUACACAGUGA